CGUAACAAUCACCAUGAUGAGGGUGCCGUCUCAGCGUCUAUGAGUAACUAUGAUCAACUGCGCUUCACCCACACACGAGUCCGGACAUCAAUUCUGAGAACACACCUCAUCGAGACCCAACCAGGACAGGACUCAGUCGGCUUGUCUUCCUAUCAAAUUUGAAAGAUAUCGAUCUUUUAGCCUACCAAGCUACGACUUGACCAAAGGCUCUGAAUCUCAUUGCGUUGAUUGACGGUUUGUUUGACGCCGGUUCCGGAGCGGAAGCCCGUGUAAGGUGCGGAGCAGUAGGUGACUGUCCCCGCCGGCGACACGAGGGAGGCACCUUAGUCAAAACCCGGUACACGUCUAAUGCUCUUCCAUCACUUGCACUUCAUUGUUCAACAAUCUUCACUUGACAACAUCUGAGACAGGACGAACGUUCAACCUGUUCUGAAAGUAUCACCACCAUGGGGUUGAUCAUCAGGUUAUCCACCCUGCUCCUCCUCCUCUGCGGUAUUUCACUCAUCUUUCCUCUGGUCGAUGCCAGGAAGAGGAAAAAGGAUCCAAAGUGCUUCGAACUGAACAUCCCAAACACAAUACGGACUGGCUGUGCACCGCCCUAUGUUAUGGGAGAGAUCUGUUAUUUUAGUUGUAAGCCCGGAUGCAGGACGGGUAAGGGGGCCACUAAAAGGAAGUGCAAGGUCAGGCCAGCUCGAUGGACUGGAGGAAAAGGAUUAAAGUGCAAAUGCCCAAGCCCAACGCAAGCGUCGACGCCAGCCGGACCAACCGGCUUAAGAAUUGCCGCCAUGUUACGGCCAACAAGACUUGUGGAUGAAGGGGAGCAGGUCACUCUCCUCUGCUUGUCGGACGGAAGUCCCUCUCCAAGAUUUACCUGGACCCGAGGAAAUGGAGCUGCGCUUCCGCCCGCGGCAGUCGUCGACCCCGCCACAGGGACGCUGGUGAUUGGACGUGUUCGUCCCGAAGAUGACGGAGAGUACACCUGUACCGCUGAAGAUGGCGUGGACGUGGUGUCUAGUAGCGUCAGCUUUGAUGUCUGCCCUGAUGUAAGGCAUUAAAGCAUAACGCUUUUCAUGAUCAAAUGA